GCUCUUCCCAUUCACGUUGCCACCGCGGUCUCCAAACAGGACGGCCAAUCCUCUCUUACAUACAUUGGCUUUCUUUGUUCGCCCCUCUGCCAGCAAAACGGGGGAAACAGCCAGCUGGAAGCCUCGCCUUCGCGUUCUGACCAGCAGACUCGGACACGGCGACUAGCCAAUCGCUGGCCUGUGUCCUUCUCAAUAUCGAUAACGCUGGGCAUCAAAGCCUCUACUCGACGCCAGCGCAUCCUCGCGCCAGACAAUCUCGCAACUGCUACGCACGCCUGGAACAAAGCAUCUCUCGACACAGCAGCAGCGACACAGCACAUGCGGCCCCUACGCGCAGCCAUGAUUUGACACCACACUGGCGCCUAUAGGUGAACGCACCCAAGGCAAGAUGGAUACAUCGCAACGAUCUUCUUCGCCGCCCGCGCGAGGCUCUUCGCCUGCAGUUUCCCCUACAAUCACCCAUGUAUCUUCAAGAUGCCCGACACCAUCUGCAGCUGUACCUGAGGAAACAUCCGGCACGGCCCCAUCUCGCUCUUCAAGUCCUCCUCCUCCUCAAGAACCACUUCCCUCUCAACCUUCCAAGAUGGACAAGCUUCAAGGUGAGAGCACGGAAGAGGGCGAGGCCGGAACCGCUUCUCAGAGACCGCCUCUUCCACCCUCCUCGCUGUCGGCGCCCGUUGGGUUCCUGCCUCGACUUCUUCCGCUCGACGUCUCUGAAUACUCUGAGCCCUUAAUUCUGCAUACGGCGCUUCCCACAUCCCACACUUCUCUCUCUGAACUUGCACAUCUCACACGUCUGCAAAGAUAUCAGGAGCAACGGCGGUCACACGCCAGGAUACGGCUGCACAGAUGGCUGGUCUCCGCCGGUCUCUCUGCGCGUUUGAUACAUUGCGGCGAGCUGGUCUACCGCACCUUAAUCGAGUAUUUCCGCAAUGAUGAAGGGAAGAAAUUUGCCACUCUUUACGACGCUCUGCACGACGUGCGGAGCUCUUGUGAUGCAACCCGUCGUUAUGCACUACUAGAACCGGACAUAGAAAACGGAAAGGCCAACAAGGCGGUAAAGGACGACGUCACUGCAUCAUUUUCUACCUUUAUGCACGAGAUACCCUUGAAGAUACGCAAUGAUAUUUUGGACUUCAUCAGCGAGAUACGCACAAACCCGGACUUCCUAGCAAAACGGAUCUGCAGUCUAAACCAACAAGAACUGAUCUCACUUGCCAGUUUCAGACCAGCACCGGAACCAGAGUCUGUCAUCGGAAGCGGAAAAGGUACUGGAAUCUCCAAGAAACCAUCGUUAUCAACCGCGUCUAACCCGGUUGAACGGCUUCUCUCUUUCCAACGUCAUGAUCCUCUGUCGGCCUUAAUUUAUACGUGUUUUGCAAAUUCAUAUGGGCCAGAUUCUAAUGAAGACCAAAGGAGAACAGAGGCCUGGGCAACAACAUGCGCUCGUUUGAUCACUGAGGCCAAGCAAGGUUGCGAGCCGCUUCUCAAGAGUAUCCUGGACGCCUGGGCCAGAAUGCGGGAUUGGCCAGCCAAGGCCAACAUAGAGCUCUUUCUCAUGCAGGUUCUCCAGGAUGGCCAAUUUUUAGUAGAGAAAGCCGAUCAGGUCCAAACCAUCAAGGAUGAAAAGGCCCUGAAAUAUGAGGCAGAGGCGUUCUUCGACCGGGCAAUUAGACGUCUCUUUGAUGUUAUCGAUGAUGAACCUAGUGCUGGCGGCAUGCCGGAAGGUAUCUGGGAGAUUGGCGUCGCACUAAUGAAAAAAUUGAAUAAUAAGAAAUUACGACAAGCUGCAGAAAACAUAAUUAUUCAGAGAUGGUUCCUUGCCGGAUUUCUGCGUAAUGCUAUCAUUUAUCCAGAGAGUUCGGGAAUAAUGCUAGGCUUCCAUAUCUCAACGCAAGCUCGAGAGAAGAUUCUCAAGCCGAUCGCGGACGAAAUUCAAAAGCAAGCUUCAGCUGUCUUUUGGAGCUUCAGCCGUCAAUUUGACAAUUCCCCAGCUAUCAUCCAUGAGGUCAAACAGCAUAUGGAGAAUCUCCUUGUACGCCUCCGUCAUCCUCGCGCGAAUCAGCGUCCCAUCCUACUUCCAGCCAAGGCCGUCACUUCUCCGAGGGAGACUAGCGAAGUCCAGCCGUUCUUGAUCGUAUCUCCCCGAGACAUCAUAACGUUGGUCAACGCGCUCUUCCCGGACCGAAGGCCCCCAUCGAUCCAUGGAGACGGUGAUCUUAGUCGGAGAGGUAAUGCCUCAACGGCUUCCUCCAUAUCUGGUAUAUCAAUCCCCUUCCGCAGCAGUUCAACUCCUGGUGAUGGGAGCUCAGUCUUGAGCAUGAGUGCAUCAUCUGCGACGAGUGACAUGACUUCCCGGGAGCCAUUGCUUGAGGCAGCGAGUCGACUAGAAGAUCAUGCGCAAUUUGACAGUGAGACCGAGCUUUCAACCAAGCCUACCCCAACAGAAGAGUACGGUCGGAAGAUCAGAAUGGCGUGCUCCGAAAUGGCUAGGAUUCUCGGUCCCGAGGCAGUUUCAGGGUCUUGUCACCCUUGUGCUGAGCGUUGGGCUGUCUUAUUUGUAACCCAAGACGGUCAACACUUGCGUACGAGGAUGCAGGAAGAUGUCGAGGAUGCUGACUUUAAUGAGGAUGACUCGCCGGAUUCGGAAAGCGAUGAAGAGGCUCCAGGUCUUGGAAUGGACCUUGAGAGUGAUUAUCACCAACUAAAAGACUCGAUUUGCAAGCUACUCCAAGAAUACGAAUUACCAAAAAGCUUAGCACCAGAGAGUGAGUCUAGGUUCUUUUCGAACCGCUCAGGACAGAGGAUGCUAGCUCGCCGUGGGCUGAGAAGAACAGAUCCAACUCAUCGCGCCGAGGAGCUAUCUUCAACUGGUCACGGCCCGUCCACUCUACACAGAGCCUCACCGGUGCCUAGGCAGAGACUGGUGACGUCGAGAAGCAACAGCACUAACGAUGCAGAUGAUUUCAAACGAAGGAAGUCAUCGGAUCUUGUGGUGAUGCUCGAAGCGGCAUAUCAUCAAUGUAAAACCCGAAAUGAGUAUGUCGAUGCUUUGCUGUGGCACAAAACUCUUGAACAGCUGGCGAGAUUGUCCUCGCCAUCCUUGACCCGCGAUGGUUACGCACCUCUACUGAACUAUUUUGCUCGAGGUCCAAGAGAUGCGUUGAGCAAAUCGUUCAAGGCGAUAGAGAAAUUUGAGGCAUGGUUCGCUUGGCUCAAGCAAUCACAGGAGCGAUACGAAGCCAAUGUCGAGGACAUGAUUGCCAGCACCAAGCAGCUGCGGGAUAAGAUGUGGUUCAAGACCGCAGUGUUGACAUCGGCAGUAUAUGAAGAAGCCCGAAACCUGGCGGUUGCUUUGCGAAUGAUGGCUCAGCCUGUCAAACCUGGCGAAGAAAACGUACUUCAGACUCACAGGGCUCGCCAACCAUCCAGGGCGGCCAAUCUACUGCUCAGAACUGAAACACAGGUUAUGGAUCUGAUAGCGACUGCCGCUGAUAGGGCAGGGCCCAAUAAGCUGGUUGAUGAGCAAGCUGAUCUUACAUCGAAGUGGUUAAUUACCUAUAGAGUGGAGAACCUAUGCAAAGGGGAAGAGCGGAUUCACAGACUGUGUUAUGAGGUCGACAAGGCGGUGAACAAACUUGUGGGUGAAAGUCGGCUUGUAGCACCUGUGCUGUGGUCAAGUGAUCUAUACCGACGCGACAAGGACAUCCUGGAUAGCGGUCGCGGGAAGGGUGAUCUCUGGCUGACGGGUGUUGGCAAUCUUAGCAUUGCCGGCGAUGAAGAAUACGAAACGGCGCCAAAUAGAACGGUGUCGCGAAGUCUUGACAUAGUGCAACAGCCUAGCCACUCAAGCUUGCGCUCAAUAUCCACAGCAGGGUCUCAACAGAGCCUUGAAUCAUCUUCCAAGUGGAGCAGUGCCAACCGAGGGAUUAACAUUAUGGAUGCUCAAGACUAUUUCGGCAUUGCCAGCCCAGCAGCUACAAUCGACACGGCAGUCACUUUCUGGUCGCCUUUCCAGUCGAGCGGUUCCUCGCAAACUUCUACAAACAUACGUCCAAUGACGGGCACGUCUUCGAAGGGAACGGUGAUGUUAAAGGAUUCGGCGUCAGUCAACAGAGAAAAGAACAAGUUCAUUCAAGACCUAAAACGGGCACUUGUUGGCUUGCUACUGAGCGACCUCGGCACCCUAGUCUUCAACUCCGGCAGCGAGACCGAUGGUUGGUUCAACGGAGAAAUUGCAGAGGAAUGCAUUCUCCGGAAAGAAGCAGACGAUCGCGAGCGCAAACUCAAGCUCUCCAGGAAGAAAAGCAUGCGAAGCUUGAAAAGUGCUGCAUCUCGAGAACAGCGUGCUACCACAUCAGAUCGAGCUGGUGGCCAAGGUGACGGAGUCCACUCCACUGCCGAGCAUUCUGGUUCAUCCAGUGAUGCGACAGCUCGCUCGUCUGGAAUAAAUGCAGUCAGAAAGCUCGGUCUGCUUGAGUUUCCCUACAAUAAUGCCUAUCAACGACUCCUUGACAAAUUCGCGACCCACCCAAGCCCUUAUACAAAACUUCAGGCGCUGUAUGAUCUUCAGCUCUUGAUAACAGCAGCAUUGUCCAGCAAGACGGGAAAGCAUAUUUCUCGUCGCGAAACCUUGCCACCCGUUCCUCAAUCACCAACUCUAGACUCUGAGUCUGAGCUUCCGACGCGUGAGGCAGUGGUACAAACCCCUCAGGCUCAUAAUCUUGAUGAAGCCAUUGCGAACGUGGAGACGAGAAGAUCGCAUACAAUGAAUGCAACCCAUCAAAACACGAUACAACCCCCGCCAUCCCCACAACGUGGGAAUGGGAGAUCACCAUCCACUCUUCCAAGCACGGACAUGAUUGUUGAUGUCCUGCUGACUCUAUUCCGCGACGCAGCAAUUCGCCCAAAGACAUUGUUUAGAGACCUCCAGUAUGUUGCCUCAUUUGUCCCGUCGUCGAUUCUGGAUAGGACACCGAAAGGCAAAGCGUUCUGGGAUGCGGCUCUGGCAGCACUUAGCCUCAAGCAAGAUGUUUGUCGCUACAUGGUUGAGAUUGCUGACGAUAUCGUCAACGAGGAUACACAGAGUCGGACUGCUGCCCAUGGAGCGCAGGCACCGGUUCCAGAGAAUAAGCUUCUGGGCCGCUGGACGAUGGCCGAUGCCGCGCAAAUGUACAUCAUUACAGCUAAAGAGGGAGAUCCUGCGGCUCAACGUGAACUUGCCAUCCUUUAUCUCACGCAUCCAGAUCUUCUUCCGAGAACCCUCUUACCAAUGUCCAAACCCCGUGAGAUCUUUAAGGAGUCCUUACUGAAUAGGAAGAGGGAAGAUCCGCAGCGCAGUGAUCCGAUGACUAUGUGUGUUGCACAGCAUUGGAUGGAGCUAAGUAAAAAGGGAGGGGAUGAUUUGGCGAUAAAGUACCUUCGCGCCAGAGAUGACAUGGAAAAGAUACCCUGAGCACAGGUUUGCUCAAUAUCACGACAUUUGCAAUCUUUUGCAGCAUGGCAGAUUUGCAGCUUUUUGCAUAUAUGUUUUGGCGUUAUAGCCUUAUUUCUUACGAUGCUUCAUCAACCGCGAGAUAUCCCCCUGCCAUCAUUGUCUCUGCAAGAAUCGAUUACUUACCCUUCCUCCCAUCCACACGUGCACCGUUGUGAUAGACGUUUAGCAUAUUCCUUGAAUUGAUGAAUUGAUGCAUAGCGGGCGCAGAAGAUAAUGGACAUUUUGGAUACGAUCUAGCACUUAAAAUCUUAAAUAAAUUUAUCCA